AUGAGGCUCAUUGCUGGUGUCACCGCCCUGGUUGGUCUUGUGACCGCGGCUUCAGUUGAUCUGAGCAGGCGUGAAACCCCUCUCGAGGUCAAGCUCGACCACGCCGGUAACUCGGUCAUUCACGCCUCCCUCACCAACAACGGCGACGAGGCCCUUAAGCUAUUCACCACCGGUACCUUCCUCGAUGACAGGGCCGUGGAGAAGGUUGAGGUCUACUCGGGUAACACCAAGCUACCGUUUGACGGCCUUCGCCUGACCGUUUCCACCGUGAACCUCCCCGAAGACGCCUUCCGGGUCAUCAACGCCGGCGAAACCAUCGAGGUAGACUUCGACGCCGCCGAGCUGCACGACCUCAGCUCCGGCGGCGACUACGGCAUCCAGACCAAGGGUGCCUUCUCCUACGCCGCCCUCAACUCGACCGAGGUCGUAGGCGUCGUGCCCUACAGCAGCAACACGCUCCACAGCACCAUCGACGGGUCCCACGCCGCGAGCGUGCACAAGGAAUUCCAAGCCAAGGCCAAGCGCACCAUCGUGCAGGGCGACUGCCAGGGCUACCAGCGGACGGCCACCGAAACGGCGAUCCGGAACUGCCAGCCGCACGCGGUGCGGGCGCGCUGGGCGGCGCAGAACAACCCGGCCAAGCUGCAGGAGUACUUCAAGUCGACGAGCGCCCACGUCAAGAACACGGUGACGGCCGUGUUCGACCGCGUCGCCUACCAGUGCGGGUCCACCAACUCCGGGGACACCCGCUACUAUUGCAGCGACGUGUACAGGGCGUGCUCCGGGGGCGCCAUCGCCUACGCGCUCCCCUCGCAGAAUUUCAUUGUCAACUGCCCUACCUUCUUCACGCUGCCGGCUUAUUCGUACCAGUGCCAUGCGCAGGACCAGCAGAGCACUGUCGUCCAUGAGAUGACGCAUCUGUACAAGGUCGCGGCCACGGCUGAUUAUGGCUGCUACGGUUAUAACUGUGUCAGGGCGCUGUCGGCGGCGCAGAACCUCAAUCAUGCGGAUACGUAUAGUCUUUUUGCCCAGUCUCUAUUCGCAGGCUGCUGA